AUGAAGCGCCCUGCCGCUUCCGCUGCCCGCGCGGCGAAGCGCCCCGCUGCCGCCGUUCGCGGCGCGAGGAAGGUCGCCAUCGCCCAGCGCCCCGCGGCCGCGUUCAAACUCUCCCCAGAGCCCAAGAGGGGGAAGGCCCGCACGCAAGGCAGCAAGGGGAAGGAGAAAGGCACGGUUUCCUACGUUCGCACCAUUAAUGGCACCAAGAAGACACGGAAGGAGCGCAACGCGUGGUGUCGCAACUUCGACUCUUCCAACACGGGAAACGAGAGCGAGCUCGUGGACCUCCUGAUCAAGGACGGGAACUGUGGCGAGCAGGUGCGCCCCACCCACUGCCACCCCAUGUUCGCCGGUGGCUGGGGGAAGGAGACGUUGUCGUUGAAGGACAAAUGCAGGGUCAUGUUCGGCAUCCUCACGGGGAUGACGACCGCGCAGGUCCACCAGCACUACGGCACCAACCACAAGAUGAUCGAGGCUAUGACCCGCAAUCUGGACCUUGCCCGCGAGCAGUACACGCGGGUGGACGUCGAGGCCGACGAGUCCGCCUUCGCUUCUGCGGCCCCGGAGGACGAGGAGAUGAAGGAGCGGGGGCAGUGGGCAGGCGUUGUGCAGCGGGGCGAACCAGAGACCCUGGCGCUGUUCAGAACUGAGUCGGACCGCGCGACGAAGAAGGCGCCUGGCCCAGGCGCCAUCAAUAAUACCGACUGGGAGCCCUUCCUCUUGGACCGCCCCAAGGAUCGCGAGGUGAUUCUCCACUCGGACGGCGCCAGGAGCUACAGGAUGAAGGCCCCGGGGAUGUUCCACGACUCCGUCAGUCACUGCGAGAAACGCGGGAAGCGCGGGGGGGAGUGGGUGCGGGCCAAGCCCGUGCAUUCCAAAAUCGCGAAGCACAAGACCCCGAGCGGCACGGCGCUGAAGGUGAAAGCGGGCACGCGGAUCAUCGACAGGGCGCGGAAGCACGUCAAGCACCACAUUGGCCACCGCAUUUAUAAGCCGCACAGCAGGGCGAUUGCCGCGCGCAUCCGCUCCGCGCAGUGGGAGCACUGGCAUCGCGGACACGACCUGCGGUCGGCCACGGGCGAGAUGCCGCGCGACUCGACGGGGUCCGCCCUGACAGCUGGCGGCGCCACGUCAAUGGGGGAGAUCGUCAGCGGCGACGCCUCCGCCACUGAUCAAAACGCGAACGCGCGGCUGCGCAUGGCUGCGGCGCAGUCCUACAGGAAGCUCGACAAGCCCGAGCGCUUCCAAUCGGACCCCCCCCCCGCUGCGUUCGACCUCCGCGACGUGCCGCUCCAAUGCGCGGACAGCGCCGCGAGUCUGAAGCACGCGGUGGAUUGGGUGACGCUGGAGGAUGGCGCCGCGGAGCAGUUGGACACAGUCGACGCGCAUGACGCCACGCGCGCGGGCAACUACACGGCGCUGCCAGCCCCGUUUAAACCUAGCAAGGACCCUGGCGAAAUCGCGUUCACCACGCAGCUCUACAUACUGCAUAAGGACGCGAACGGCGAGCAGCACGCACUGAAGCACGCCAGGUUCGACAGCAAGGUUCGGGCCGACAUCGCCGAGGAUGUCUUCGCGAAUGGCAGGGCGCCCGCCGUCCACUGGGGGGGCUCGGCCGACAUUAAGACGCCGCUCGAGCUCUUCUACUGCGCGAUGGACAGGCUGGGCGAGGAAAAACGAAGAGCUGGCAACCGCAUCAUAGAGGAGUUCGGCCCGAGGGCAAACAACCGCAAUCAAUUCGCGGAGUGGACCAGCGGAAAGAUUAACGACGAGCACUCGCCGAUCUUCGGCUGGCAGGCGGCCGAGGUCAAGGAGUCGCUCCGCAAUUGCGCGCGGGGCAGCGUUGGCGCAGGGGCACUCGAGCGCUGGGCGGUCGCGCUCAAGCGCAUCCACCCGUUCGCGCUCGACAACGUCGCGGCCCCCAUUCUCAAGAGCCACGACGUGCACGGGGCCAUGUGGAUUGGCAAGGCCAGGGUCGGCAAAUCCACAGCGUCGAAAACCAUCGGCUUCGCCAUCUCCGCCUACCAGAUCGAUAAGAACGGCCGCGCCGACUUCCGCCCGAGCGCCGCCACGACGAAAGAAAUCGACUUCUUGCGGCUCGAACCUGGAACUGCGUUCAAGCCCGCUAUCGCAGACGACGCCGCCCUCACAAAGUGGACCCCCGAUGAGACCAAGGCCUUCCUCGACCCCGCCGAGGAAGUCGCGCUGUCGCGGGCGAGGUGGGGCGGCGCCUCCUUCGAGCAGAACCAGCCCCGCCAGAUCUGCGCCAACCCGCGCGAUGAGAAGUUCGAGAAGAAGGUGCGUUCCAUCCGCGGAGGCAAGGAAGAGAUCAAAUUCGACGACUUCUUCAAAACCAUCGAUUGCAACUUCGCGGGCGAUAAGCAGAGCGGCUACCACGUGGCGGACGUGGAGGACCAGACUUUCGCACCGCCCGGCUACGACAUUCACAUGAAGUGGGCCGUGGCCGCCAUGAGGAAGCUUGCUCGGGGCUACGACGCCGGGCGCUCGAAUGCGAUCCGCGGCCCCACGCUCUUCAACCAGGGCGCGCCCCCGAGGCGCAACUUCCCUGGGAUGGGCGGUGACACGGACGUCGGCGCCGACGCCCCCGCCGCCGCCAGCGCGGCCGUGGCCCCCGCGCCCGCCCCCCCAGUCAACCCUGAUGACGAUGACGACGACAUUGGUCUCGGCGGCGGGAUGGGCGGCGCCGCCGACGCAGGUGGCGAGCCAGACGUCUUUGGUUUCGGCGGCGGGAUGGACGGCGACGACGGCCCCUCCGACGCGGCCGCCGCGGCCGCGCCCCCCGCGCCUGCCGCGCCGAUCAAGAGGGGGACAGGGGCGUUCCGCUUCUGCCUCGAGAAGCCCCAGGGGCCCAUUGACUUGAGCACGCCGACGCCGAAGAAGAAGCGCAUGACCCUCGAUGAGGAGCUCUCGCAAAUGACAGGCGAGGGCGAGGUGGCGGGCGCCGCGGCUGCGAGUUCGAGCGAUGUCGCGCCAGCGUGA